AUGGUCUCUUACCGUGCCGCAAGGCCAGAAGAUCUACCCCAGAUCCAGGCCAUCAACAGACAUUACAUCCUCAAUACUUCGCUCACAUUCGUGCAAACCCCACCACCCUUUGAGUCAUACACUGCCAAACUGAACGAUCUCACAUCCCGAGGCCUCCCAUACCUCGUCGCAGUGGACGAAGUACAAAAAGCAGAGGACGGAAAUUCUCUUGUCCUUGGAUAUGGGUCAUUUUCUCCCUUUCGCCUACAGAAGUCAUAUGCUCCCACGGUUGAGCUUACUCUAUUCCUCCAUCCGGAGCACCAGUCGUUGGGGAUAGGAUCUGUUCUCCUUGCGCAUUUGCUCGGGCGUGUAGAGACUGGUCAGGUCUGGCAUAAGUGUGAUGGAAUGGAUGACAGCAGCGAGUCAACCGAAUCCGGACAUGCGAAUGAGUCUACGGGUGCGUCUCGGGUUAGGAACGUGAUUGCUGUUAUGGCUGUUGAUCCCGAGGGCAAGGAACAAGGUGAAGCUUUGAGGACAUGGUAUUUAAAACGAGGGCUUGAAGAGCGUGGUCGGUUGAAGAAGGUUGGAUUUAAAAGAGGACAUUGGUAA